CAAACGAGCCGGAUGGAAGCUUCCGCCUCGGCUGAGAGCUUGCUGUCACCGCGGGAGGAUGAACAACCAUAUAUGUAGCACUUUAUCCCUGAAACUGAAAAGCCGAAGGGGGAUCAUACACUGUAUCUAUGUGGUGGGCUUCAUGGACUUGUUCGGGGUGAGCAUGAUCAUCCCACUAUUGAGCCACCAUGUAAAGGCUCUUGGAGCAAGUCCCACAGUGGCUGGAAUUGUGGGCUCUACGUAUGGAAUGUUGCAGCUUUUCUCCAGCACAAUAGUAGGCAGCUGGAGCGACGUGGUGGGGCGGCGCUACUCCCUGCUGACCUCUAUCCUGCUGAGCGCCUUCGGCUAUGGCCUCCUUGGGAUUUCUACAAGCAUCACUUUGUUUGUGCUUGCAAGAAUACCUGUAGGACUAUUCAAGCACUCAUUGUCCAUCUGCAGAGCCUUGCUGUCAGACCUGGUGUCUGAAUCAGAGCGCCCUCUGGUGAUGGGACAUUUUAAUGCAGCCUCCAGUGUGGGCUUCAUCCUGGGUCCUGUAGUAGGCGGCUACCUCACUGAGCAUGAAGGAGGCUUUUAUACCUCCUCUUUUACAUGUGCAGCCAUCUUUCUAAUCAAUGCCGGCCUGGUUUGGAUGCUGCCACAAAGCGAGAAAAUAACCGAUCGGAACGAAACCAACAUCAGCAAUAACAGCAGUAAGGUGUGUCACAAUGAGUACUGUACCAAGUCUGCACAAAAUGGCCUCCAUGCAAACAACCAUCACUCAGGAUUGACCACAGUAACUGAAGCAGACUGUAGAUCCGCCCGGAAGCCUCGCCUCAGGUGGAGGGAGGUGUCUCUGCUCCAGCCUGCAUGGAAGCAGCUUACCUCAGUCAGCUCCAGGAUUCAUAUGGUGGCUUCUUCUGAUAUGUGGGACCUCUUUCUCGUGCGUCUGUUGAUGGCCAUAGCCAUUAUGCUGUACUACAGUAACUUCUCUCUGGCCAUGGAGGAGCGUUUCUCUAUGAAACCAAAGAUGACAGGUUAUCUGAUCAGCUACAGCAGCACCUUAGGGGCCCUGGCCGGGUUCCUGGUGGGGCCCGUCACUCAGCUUUACAGGAACAACAUGCCUGCUCUGCUGCUUCAUUCCACUGUCCUCACCUGUUCGCUUAUUUUACUUUACGCCACCGCUCCAAGCGUGUGGCAGGUUGUGCUCACCUCCACCUUCUUUGCCAUUUCUACCUCCAUCGGACGGACGUGUAUCACAGAUCUGGAGCUUCAGAGGGGAGGGGCCCACGCCAGCGGAACUCUGAUUGGAGCCGGCCAGUCGGUGACAGCCGUGGGUCGAGUUCUGGCCCCGCUCCUCUCCGGUCUCACCCAGGAGAUCAGCCCCUGUGGUCCUGCUAGCUUGGGAGUCGUGCUCGCCUUGGCAGCUGUAGGUUUGCUUCUCAUCAGAAUCCCGAAAUGGGAUGGUGGAGGACGGACAAAAACAGGAAAACUUUAAAAACUCCUUGCAACUGAAUGUUUUUGUUGUUGUUUUUUUACUAUGCAAAUAUAUCACUUUGAGAAGUGCAAUUAUUUGCAGCAGGCAGCUGUAAUGGACAGCAAACCCUCAGUGUUUCAUGCUGAAGCAUGGUUGAUGCCAUGGGUGCCUCCACUUCCUGCAUCUGCUUCUCUCAGGGACACUGGAACCAAAAAAAAAAAUCUGUGCAGCUUGGAGCAAAAGGAUGCAAAGUUUAUUGUGCUUCCAAAUUUGUUGAACUUUGAUCAAACAGAAACAUGCAGUGAGGGCCUUAUCUUAUUGUCCUGGUUAUUGCAAUAAUCUACACCAUGCUGUUAGUUUAGCUCUGUAGGCACUACCUAAUUCAAAUUUAAUGAAGUAAUGAGAAGACCACUAAUCAUUCACUACAAACCUAACAAACUACUGAAUUAUAAAGAUAAAGCAGAGGGGAAACACCACUGAAACUCUCAUUAGAGAUGCACUGAUCAUUACUAUGUUAAUGAUUCCCAGACUUAAGUUUUUUAAAAGUUAUGUGAAUGUUCAAUUGAUUGUGAUUGGUCUUUACAAAUUACAUGAGCAGCAUUUAAUUGUUUGAGGUCUUUAAGCUGAUUGUCAUCAUUAAUUAUGUGUCUUUGUUAUUAAAUACUAUAAAAAAGUUUUACUAUUUUAAAAGAAACUCUUGGUUUACAUUCUAUAUCUGUUCAGAUUUCCUGUUUUUUGCUCUUAACACAUUA